UAUCUAGAAGUUUAAACAUAAGUAUUUUACGCACUAGAGCUUAAUUGCGGAUUUAAGAAUUUUUUAAGGUUCGAUCUAACAUUGAAUACAGAUUACCCUAAUCUGAAGGCACAUUGCUAUUUCUUUUACAUAUUUCUAAGUUUAAUGUACGCCUGAGCAGGAGUCCGCCAUGAAAUGGGAUUCUUGCUGUACGGUGGUCGUGGAAAGUCGGAAAAUGACGAUUCUAUGGCCGCUGGGCUGGGGAACACAGAAGUGAUCGUCAUUAGCAGUGUUCUUGGAACCAUCGCUGUUCUCGUUUCGCUCGCAGUUGGGACAUAUUGUUAUAGGAAAUAUGAUUACCUCAAAAGAACAAAACGUGGAUCCUCCACAGAUUCAGGGAGGAGACUUUUCUUUGUGGAGGACGUAAAGCAAGGUCAUAAUGGAAAGGGUCCCCACCCAAAUACGUUACAUCGGCAGAUCUUUACGUCCACACAGCCAAAACCCCAACAAGUCUUACGCAAACCACAACCCAGCAUGCAGAUUAAUAACCAUGCCAGAAGUAGCCAUGGAAGAGCCACACGGGAUAUUCACAUUCACAAUUCUUACCCCGGCGGUGUUCGAUUAGUGCGCUUCCACCAGGACCAGGCCAAACCGGUGCUCCUGUACCGACCCAGCUCAUUGAGACCCCUGUAUACGCAACCCCACCUCCCCAACACAGUCCCCCAUCUUAGGCUGGGGGACUAUAGACCCAAGGUUGUCAGCGGUUACUUCUCACCCGGAAACAUCAGAAACCUGACCGAGGAGGGCCUCAAAGACUCCGAAAGCUCAUUAAACAGCAGUAGGUCGAAGUUUCACUGGUUUCCAGCAGAGCCAGAAAAAGUGAAAUUCAUCCAUUUAGAUGAGAAAGGCACACAAACAAAAGCAGUAAAAAAGAGACACAGAGCCACAAGAAAUUCCUCCACCUCCACUUCAGACCUCAAAACUCUAGAUCCACCACGGACCAAAACCAUCAAACGCAACUCAGACUUUCACACUCAGUACAUAGAAAGUGGUAGUAAUUUUGUCAUAAUUGACUACAUUGAUCACAUAAACAAUGCUAAUGGGGAGCUGCCAUUGUCCACCUCUACACCCCGGGAGGACCAGGAGGAGAAAACUGAUCCUGACCUCAUUCCAAGGCAAAGGAAAGCACACGAGGGUUCUCUUGAAAAGAUUCCAGCGUUUUAAAUUUGAAAAUACUAUUUCAUGUUUACAAAUCUGCUGUGCCUGUAUUCCAGUUUUAUAUUUAUUGCCGUUUUCAGAUAUUAAUAUCUUUAAUACGAGGACUUUGCUUUUGUACUUAGAUUGGCCUUUUGGAAUUAGCGAUAUUUUUUUAUAUAAAAACCAUGGUAAGCAUGCGUUAUAUUUGCAUACAUACUUUGACAUUGAACGUAUUUCUUAAUAUCAAACUAAUUAUACCAUACU